AUGUCCUUCCUUUUACUCUCAGCAGUGCUACGGUGGACAUUGCUUUUACUCUGGGAGGUUGGAAGUUCGGUCGGGAUGCAAGCUGGGGAGCUGGGGAUUCGCUCUCGACUUCAAACAAAUCGUUGUUCGGAUUGGAAUGAAUCUGGUCCCCUUCACUGGGCGGUGGCCCCACAACCCCGGGUGGUCGACAAACUCCUGGUCCUGGUGGCAAUCAUGGUGGUCCACAACUGCAAUCGCGGGAUGGUAGGAGCGUACAGACCGAGUCUCAUUGAUCUUGCGGGCUUCGAAAAGGCUACGUCUCACAAGGAGCGGACGCGAGGGGGCAAGUAUAUUAAUAAGAGUCUUCUUACCCUUGGUACUGUCAUCAGUAAACUCUGGGAUAAUGCCACUAAACAGAAGAAUGACCACAUUCCCUUCCACGACUCCAAACUCACCAGGCUUCUCCAGCCCUCUCUCUCAGGGAACGCCCGUAUAAGUGUCAUCUGCACAAUUAGCCCAGACCCCUCGCCAGUCGCCGAGUCAACCUCAACCCUCCUAUUCGCAAAACGCGUCAAGGGCGUGAAAUUGCAUGCUCAGAAGAAGGAAGUUAUCGACACCGAUGUGCUUAUCGAGAGGUAUAGGAAGGAGAUGGAUGAUUUGAAUUUGCUGCUGGGAGUGUUGUUGGUCUUGGUGGAAUCGGCGCUGUAUAUAGAUGGGGUGCGAGAAGUGGUAUGGGUCACAGAUUGGGUGGCAAGGGUGGGUGGUGGCGGUGGCGGUAGCUUCAUCAUAAUGUUGACAGUGAGACUUGUAGUGUUCCAGCAAAACCGUUUGCAUCCAUGA